GGAACUUGGACUGACCUGUGGCCCAGCAGUGGGGAGGCCUGAGUGAGAGCCCCUCAGCCCAGCGUCCCACCAGGCCCUGACCAGCCGUCCUCACUGGGUCUGAUAAGACACCCCACCCCCACGGCCCUCUCCCCUCUCCAGGCCAGUGGCCACAGCCUGGCCCCCACCCUGGCUCCUGGUAUAUAAAGGGAUGCUGGGGGCUGAGCACCCCACAGGCCGGCCCUGAGCACACCCAGCUCCCACUCAGCUCCACCAUGUCUCUGACCAAGGCCGAGAGGACCAUCAUCCUGUCCAUGUGGGGCAAGAUCUCCACCCAGGCGGAUGCUAUUGGCACCGAGGCCCUGGAGAGGCUCUUCGCCAGCUUCCCGCAGACCAAGACCUACUUCCCGCACUUCGAGCUGCGCGCGGGCUCGGCGCACCUGAGGGCGCACGGCGCCAAGGUGGUGGCCGCGCUGGGCGACGCGGUGCGCAGCCUCGACGACGUGGCGGGCGCCCUGUCCAGGCUGAGCGAGCUGCACGCCUACAUCCUGCGCGUGGACCCGGUCAACUUCAAGCUGCUGUCCCACUGUCUGCUGGUCACCCUGGCCUCGCACUUCCCCGCCGACCUCACGGCCGACGCCCACGCCGCGUGGGACAAGUUCCUGUCGCUCGUGUCCUGCGUCCUGACCGAGAAGUACCGCUGAGCGCCCCCGGCUGCGGCCCCGAGCGCCCUCCCCUGCGUCCCUCCCGCGUGUCCCCAAUAAAAGGCUGAGGACGGA